GUACGUAAAUGCAGGAAAAUGACGGCUCAUCCUCUACGAUUAAAAACGGUGUCGGGGUUAGCUCGUGUUCGGUCCCCGCCCAAAAACAUCAACCUCCCUCUACGGUUCCACUUCAUUCUGUCCGGUUCCGCUCGCCCUCUCUCUGUCCCUCUCUCUCUAAAGAACUGUAUAAUUAAGCAGACACAGAAGCAAACGUAGCUUUCCCAGUAGUUCAAAUGGCUGAGAAGUAAUCCUAGAGAGGGAGAGAGAUUGAGCGCCAUUGAAACAGCAGCUCCAUAUAGGGGGAGAGAGGAGAGGACAUAUAGGUAUCUGCCAUUGAAGUACGUUUUGGCGCUUAGUUCUUCACCACUGCAACGGUUUUUUGGUUCGACUCGGCCUCGAAUUCUGCUAUUUGAAGCCCUCUUGUUUAGGGUUUCUGACUUUGUGAGCUCUGACCUUGGCGGACUAGCGGGGUUGGAGUUCGUCCGGAUUGAUUGGACCAGGGACGUUGGAACUUUGAAAUUGAGGUUGAUUUGGUUCGUUUCGCUAUUGGCUUGGAGGGAUUCGGGACGUUGAUGGAGCGAAUUGCGGGUAUUGUAGUUAGAUCUGACGGUGCCCGUGGGGAAACGGAGGGAACCGGAGAGGAAUCGUAUCAAUUCGGCGAAGAGAUUCAAGGGAUGAUGCUGACCGCACCCCCGGAGACCGGAAGCUCCUUCACGGCGCUUCUCGAACUCCCGGCGAACCAGGCCAUGGAGCUCUUGCACUCGUCGGGGUCCGCCGAAGCCCCGGCGGUUCUCGACCAUCACAAGCCCUACAGUCACUCCUUGAGUUCUUCACUGACAUUUCCGUCGAGCGCAGCUCUGGUCGAGCGAGCCGCAAGGUUCUCCAUCUUCGCCGCCGGUAGCGAGGACUCGCCGGAGACGAGCUCGAUGCCGGAGAACUCAAGCGCGAAUUCCUACAGAGUAAAGAGUGAACCGACAGACACGGAAUCGAAUCCUAAUUCGACGAUGCCGUUACUCUCCGAUCCGACCGUUCAAAACAACAGCCAGAGGCCGACGAAGAGGAAGGAACGUGAGAAGAAGGUCAAAGGAUCAACCAAGAAAAGCAAAAAUGCGACGAACGAGAGUUCCGACGACGCAGAGAAGCUUCCUUACGUUCACGUUCGUGCUCGUCGCGGCCAAGCUACGGACAGCCAUAGCUUAGCAGAACGAGCGAGAAGAGAGAAAAUCAAUGCGAGGAUGAAGCUACUUCAAGAACUCGUCCCGGGAUGCAACAAGAUUUCUGGUACAGCGAUGGUGCUGGAUGAGAUUAUCAACCAUGUACAAUCCUUACAGCGUCAAGUGGAGUUCUUGUCCAUGAGACUUGCGACAGUUAACCCAAGAAUUGAUUUCAACCCCAACAGUCUGUUGGCUGCUGAAGGUGCGUCCCAGAUGGACAGUAACUUCUCCAACAUGCCAAUGUCAUUUAUGUGGCCGGAUGUCCAGUUUAAUGGUGACAGGCAACAGUACCAACAGCUUUGGCAUAUUGAUGCAUUACACCAGCCAGCUUGGGAGAGGGGUGAAGACAACCAUAACUUCAUCACUCCAGAAACCUCACUCUUGAGUUACGACUCCUCAGCAAAUUCAAUGUCUCUGCAUUCAAAUCAGUUGAAAAUGGAGCUAUGAAGGGCAAGGAAGAGUACUGAAUGAAGCUGUAAUGGCGGGCAGGCAGCAGUGUACAUACCAAAUGUCAAAUUAGCAAGGAGCAGGAGGAAUUUGGAGGAGGGGAGGCCUCGACAUUUAAGCCUCUUGGAUUUAUCUCAACAAAGUAUCGAACGUUAUUCUUAUUAAUUAUAAUUAUAUAUGUUGAUAUAGAUAUAUCUAUAAUAUAAAUAUCCAAUAUCUAAUGUCUAAUACUAACUUGAGGGUCAUUCAAUCUAAUACUUCAUUUGCAUUGAGAUUGAUUGAUUCAUCAUAUUGUGAAAGCAUGGAACAACUUAUAUGCUCAGUUAUUAUGGAAAGGUUUUUUGAUUCA